CUCAAAUUUGACAUGCAAUUUGCACUUUCAACCCCGGUUCCUGAAAAAAGCACACUAAACCAGUUUGAAUGAUCCACAGUUUCAGGUAUAAGAAUCGUGUCGCCCAGUUCUCAAGAUGUCGAAUUUCAACGUGGUCAAUGUGUAUUCAUCGAGUCAGACAACAGAUAACAUGAGUCGAAAUGUCAUGUUACAAUGGGUCAAUACAUCAAUAGUGCUCAAUUACAGCAAAAUAGAGGAAUUAUGCACAGGUGCGGCGUAUGCACAGUUCCUUGACCUACUCUUCCCAGACGCUAAUAUCAGUUUAAAAAAGAUCAGUUUUACCGCCAAACUGGAACACCAAUACAUCGCCAACUGGAAAAUUGUGCAGUCAUCAUUCAAGAAGAUCGGCAUUGAUAAAAUUAUACCUGUAGACAAGCUUAUCAAGGGGAGAUUUCAAGACAACUUUGAAUUCGUCCAGUGGUUUAAGAAAUUCUUUGAUGCUAACUACGGUGGUCAGGAAUACGACGCAGUUGCUGCCAGGCAUGGGCAGGCGACAACAGGUGGGCCUGGAGGUGUAGCCCACAAGAAGGUGGCCACCAAAACUCCGUCUGCAGAAGCUUCUCCUAUGAAAUGUACGAAGCAGCUUCCCGUCAAAGAGCCAAGAACAACAGUGAAGGCAGCAGCGGUAGCCAAACCAGCCGCAGGCGCAGCAACGAGGAAUAAUAACCAAAAAAGCAACAGGGAAAACAUGGAAGUCGCUGAGCUUAAACUGAAGGCCAAGGAAGCUGAGAUCGCGAUAGAGAGCUUAGAGAAAGAACGAGAUUUCUACUUUGAGAAGCUGAGGAAUAUUGAAGUUAUCUGCCAAGAAGGAGAAAAUGAAGAAAUCCCAGGGGUCAAGAGAAUAUUAGAAAUCCUUUACGCCACCGAGGAUGGUUUUGAGACUCCAGACGCAGAUGAGGGUGUGGCACCAGAGGAAGAGGUCGCUUAUGGCCAGGAGGAACCUCUUGAAGAUGGUGAAGAAAACCAAUAUUAUUAAAGAGUUACUCCAACGUCAUCUUUUACAAAAAUCACAGUCUACCAUGAGUUUGUCAAGUACCCCAAUAGUGUUGAUCAGUUCGGAACUACUCCGUGGUGGAGAAUAUCUGUAAUAUACAUCUUUACAAAUCACAUCGCUGCCACCUUGUUCUUAGUUUGCUAAUAUCCUUGUACCGUGUCAGCAAAUUCACAGAAAAAAAAUUAUUGUUUUUGCUCUUUAAAUCAAAUGGGUUGACUGCUCUUCAAAAUGUAUCUGUACAACAAAAUGUUCUGUAAAUUUACUGCUUUACUAAAUUGAGAAAUGAACUACAAGUAAGUCCCUAUGAUCAUAUUUUUAGCAUUGAUAAAUUGUUGGAAGAUUGCCCUUUCCAGCCUAGUUUUGUCCCCAUAGCUUUAGAAUCAAGACAAAGGCUACUACUAUGUGAUUUGUAUAUGUUUGUGUAGUCCUGGGUUUGAUUUCACAAAGCACUGAGAUUCAUUAGGUUUUGUGACUUAACGCCUUGCUAAGCAAUUGAAGUGUGCUUCACAAUCUUAGCUUCUAUGUACGAUGAGCCAAGGCUCAGAUUUACAUUUUAAGAUGAGUUGUUAAUAUUGCCAUAGUGAUAUCUAUUGUGACAUCACACUUUGCUUAGCAAUUAAGAUUGACACACAGUUAAGAACAGUCUUAGCUCUUUUGUAAAAUCGGCCCCUGGACAAUGUUUAACAUGCAGGGAAAUAGUCUGGCACCUUUGUAUGCUACCGUUUACAUUGCUUUGCCCUUUACUAGGAUACAGGGGUACAGACAAAGGUGGAUGCAGUUUGAUACAUAUGCUGAUGUACCUGAGCAUGCAAGAUUUUUAUUCAUUUUAUUUUAGAAGUGGAAUUCUAGCUUACACAGUGGUUUUACUUUGUCCUAAAAUGUGUUGAGUUAACUUCAUUUAUGUGGAAGAAGACAUUCCCAUUAUAAGCUUCAGUGUUGUGUGAGCAUACCUCCAAAUUCUUAUUAGUUAUGUUCCUUUUUUAUUUAUUUAUUGCUUUCUUCAAAAAUUGGAAUUUGAACUUAAGUGUCUGACGGCUUCUAAAAGGAAGAGAUUUUCUGUGGGUUUUUUUACCGGGCGUUGUAGGUUUGAAAUAUGCAUGGACCAUAUUGUGCUGACGCCUCUAGGUCGAGCGAGGCAUGGUUGUUUGUGUGAGCAGGUUUAAUAUGCCAUUGUGCGAUGGACUUGUAAGGCUUGUCUACUCUUUUUCAGAGAUGUGACUGGUCCUCUUAUUAAAAUGGUGCUGCUGUACAUCAAAUGUGUAUAAAUCACUGGUUCCCUUGUAUGUGCUUAUUUAAACUAAUAUAAUGACUAAACCCAAAAUAAUACACAUGUGUAGAUAAAACAAAAGCGCAGUGUUGCUGGCUUAGUGUCGUCUUUAAAAUUUUCUCAAAUCUUAUUAUGGUUGUUUGUAUACACAGGCGGAAAUUUGAAUUGUGGAAUAAUUACUAGGAUUCAAUACCAUUGCUUUAAUAUGUCAAAGGGAAAACUCUAAAUAUUAAUCCAGUUAAUGAAGAAAUAAUAAAAGUGGGGUUCCCUUGUUCAGGGAAGUGAAAUUUAAGGCUUUCAUCUGAACUUAAACUUUUUUGUCUGUACGGUUAAAAAACCCAGUUAUUUCCGUCAUGUGAAGAAUUUAAUACUCUUUGGUCUCUAUAGUCAUUGUUUACAUUAAUGAGUUUGUCAACGCUCACUUGUGCAUUGCUGGCCUGAUGCUUGGGCAAGAAGAUUCUUAGGGCACCAAGGCAGCGACCAGGGGGGCGGGGAGGCAAUUGCCCCCUGGUAUUAGGCUUGAAUCAUUGCCCACAAUGACAUGUGACGAUUGAAGGGUGUAUACAUGUACAUGAAAUAAAAGACUCCGAUUUUCAUUUUCCGGAGUUGUAGAAAACAAUUGCCCAUGGCUCACAGUUAAAGAACAGCAACUAUUGUUGUGUCUUGUCACUCAGUUUGGGAUUUACUUUGGAAUCCUUGUCGGAAAUUAAGAUUAUAUUAAUGUGAGGCAAUUUUGAAGGAGCUAAAGUAUCAGACAAAAGAUUGCAUUACUGUCUUAAGACCUCGUUUUGUUAUCAUUUUAUAGCUAGGCCUGUUAAGUCUAACGAACGGCUUUGUAAAUAGUAGUGAUUGGUCAGAUUGACUAAAUAGCGACACCACUGACAUGAAUAUCAAUGAGAUCAAGAUCAAAGGUCAUAAAGCUGCUAAGCAUGAUGAAGCAAAUCAUAUCGGGCAUUGUGUUAAGCAUAAGAGAAAUUGACUAAGCGUUUGCAUAUAGUAGGAAUGGCUAUCAGCCCGAAACAUGCCAUGUUCUCUGCUCAUUUCUGGUCGACUACUUAGUUUAUGCUUAGCAGACUUGAGUAGUGUCCCCUGCUUAGCGUCUUGAUGAAACUAAGCUAUUCUUGUCAUGGAAGCUAGACAUUGUACAGUAUUAUAAGAAUAUUAAUAACUAGUGGCAUAACUUGAAUUAUUAAUGAUGUGAAGAUUACUACAAUAUGUGAUUGUCCCAUUUUUGUUGAUUAUAUUCUAUUGUAUACCUUCACACUGAUGUUUCAGUAUCGUCCAUGGUUUUUAUAAAUAUUAUUUCGCUUGGCAUUCCCUUUUUAUUGGACUUGUAAUGUCAAUUUACUCCCACAUUAACUACUAAUGCUUACUGCAUAUUAUACCAAUACAUGUAAUUAUAAUCAUAAAUAGAACAAGCACAAAUCUGUUGAGCAUUUCAACAGAAAAGUCCAAGAGUCUGCAAAAUACAAUAACCGAUUUUGGAUCUUUCAAGAUUUUGUUGUGGCGCUCUGUUUUGGAAAGUUGGUUCGCGAUUUCCUGUCUAUGAUUUUGGAUAAUGAUCUUAGCCCUGACUUUGGCUUUGGUUUAUAAGGACCAGGCACUGUGGUAGCCAAUCGGUAGGACUGAAUUCCUUGAUGUCUUUCUUCAAAAAGUCAAAGUCUCCAAGGGCUAGUACUGUGGUGAGGAUGUGUAGAAGUUUAUUCACCAUGUAAGCUAUAACAAAUUUCUGCCCAGUAUUAAUGUGUAUGGGAUUAGUCAAGUAUUAGUCAAGUUUCUCUUUUUUUAAGUCCUUUUCAGUAAGUCACCUUCUGUAUGCCAUCUUGUGCAAUCUGUACACCGUCAUUUGCAUUUUGUGCACAGUCAUUUGCAUACUGUACACCACAGUUUGCAUUCUGUACUCAAUCAUUUUUAUUCUAUACACCACAGUUAGCAUUCUGUACACAAACCAUCAUCUUGCUUGUUGGAUGGUUGGAAUUAGUAAAACAUAGGUUUAAAAAUCAGUCAUAAUCAGUGGAUCUCACCACAAGAGAGCUGCAUGAUUUCAAGUUCUAUUUAUCAGUAAUUGUCUUGGACUGAACCUUUGUAAACAUCAACAAAAUUCUAGUUCCAUUAACCAAUCUUUAAUUUGAAUACUUACAUUCAUGUGUCUAUAACGAUAAUUAUGUAGUAAAGGGAGCAAGUGUCUAAUACUUUGGAAUAUUUAUACACUUAAUAUGCCUUUAAAAUCUCAUAUUUUUGCCAUAUUUGGGAUCUAAGUUAUACUAUUUAGAAGUAAUAGUUUGUCUUUGUGGCAAGAACUACACGAGGUGUCACAAUGAUUUAUAACAAAUGCUGCAGAUUCUUUUAAAAAGAUUAUCAAGUUAAAAUUAUUUGAUUUGAAAUCGGCCAUCGUUCCAUACAUCUCGUCUUUCCGUGAGAACUUGUUUGAUUUCAACAAAACCGUUUGUGUGAAGUUGAUAUUAAGCGUGCUAAGUGGCCAUGACAUGUGCCAAAUAUGGUCAGUUUUAGAUAUCUUAAUCUUGUUGGUCUGAAGUGACCAAAACUCAUCAUCUAGGAACAUUUUGUCAUGGAACUUAACUUACAGACAAGACAAAAGUGGACACAAUUCAAUCCACCAACGAGUUGUUUCUUAAAUAAUAAAUUCCCCCUCCCUCCAAACACUAGUUUGGUAAGGGAGAAAUACACCCCUUUUUGUUCUUCCCUUACAUUGAUUGGUUUUAUGAAUAAUUGUCCUCAUAAAAUUGUUUGUGGUGUUAGAUUCUCAAAGUCUCCAACCAAUCCAGUGUCUAUGACUAUUCAAGUUGAGACAUUGGCAUAAAACUCAUGAUCAGGAAAUUGAAGCUGUUUUCUGAGAUUAUCUUAUGUAAAGAAGUAAAACUUAGGUAAUGUCUGAUUUGUCACACCACAAAUUGACUGUAUCUGACUUCAACGAUUACAAAAUUCAAAUUCAGAAUGGACAAUCGAUCACGUAAAGAAAGAACCAAUCUGCCAAGAGAAUUCUCAUUGAAUGUAAUAAUGAUCCCAUAUUAUAAAAUCACAAAGUAUUUUAUCAAAAAGAAAGUUUCAAAUGAAUCCUAUGACGUCACCCUGUGGAUACAAAAUGCCAUGCAAUAUUGUUUGUACAUACCCUUGAUCUCCUACAAUACAUUGUUUUUUUUACCAUUGUGUUUUGUGUUUUGGUUCAUGUUUUUUUGUCAACCAUUGUUUAUAUAAUACUGAAGAAUGUGAUUUAACAUUUUGUGCCGAAAAAUGCAUGUGUUAUAAAGUCGUUUUGAAAAGA